CAGGCAAAGAGGUUGAGAGUAGACAGAGGGCUCUUUCAUAUACUGUACAGCCCAGAGAGACUGAGAAACAGUGACUCAACUCCUCCUCUUGCAUGCUGAGUCCAGGUACGGUGCUGUGGAUAUGUGCCUUGCAUGCUGUCCAUCCACAGCAGCAGAUUGUGUGCUGCUGAUAUGAGGGUCGUGUGAUGACUGAAGAGACGUCUGGACUGUCCCUAAUCAGAGCCGAAAUGUCCCCAUUCCAUCACAUCUGUGAGAGUCAAGGCAGAAGGGACUAAAAUAGAGUUGGAGUCUCCAGAGGGCGUGAUGCUGAGAGGAAUCCACCCAGUAUAAACACGAGCCACAGUCUCCUUAGUCCUCACAGCCACAAGAUAUGAAGUCUGUAAUUUCAAAGAGAAACAUCUUAUAAACAAUGCUUUGUUCUUGAACCCCAAAGGCAAGACUUUUAUGAGAUGAGAGGUGUACUUUGGGAUUAAAGCAAUAACUGUGCACAUCCAGGAUUUUGAAAUUGUCCAUCCAUCAUUCAUUACAACUGGCUCAUGUAAUAUUUCAUCAGGAUGAGACUUGCCAGCACAUCAGAGCAUUUGCCAUCACUUAACUAAGCUAAAACUCCUUAAAGAAAGUGUUAGAAUUGGCUCAAGUGGAAAAAAUUCUAGAUCUCUACAUAUAAUUAGCAGUUUAAUCUUAUCUACAGAGUGGCUUUCAGAUCACAUUGGACUUUAUCUCCACUGGGACUCCAAGAGGAAUCGAAGAACUCUGAACCAUGAAGGAAGUAAUUCUGCAGUUUUUCAAUGAUAUAUGGAACCUUGCUUCUGCCAAGCACAACCAGAGCGUUUACAACACGGUGUGCCUGGUAGUGCUUUUGAUUCUUCCACUGGUUGUCCUCUUCACCUCUCUACUUGUAUGCUGUCAUUGUUGCUGCUGUCGUCAUGCCAAUGGAUGCCGCUGUUGUUGUCAGAAAGGCAAAACCACAUUCACAAACGAAAAAACCGAAAAGAAGAAGAAAAAGAAAAAUGGCAAUCAAAACAGUGAGGACUUGUGGAUCUCUGUCAAAGGGGACCCAAUGAGUAAUGACAGACUAGCACUUACUGUGGUUUAAAAGGGCACAAUUACUGUAACAUGAACCAUUUUAAAUGUGUUUAUGGUUUGUUCUUUAUUAUUGUAUGGUACAAAAAAUUUAAAGGUACGAAAGUAUUAAAGGGAUAGUUUACCCAAAAAUGAAAAUUCUCUUAUUUUCUAAUUCUCAAUUACUCGCCCUCAUGUUGUCCCAAACUUGUAUAACUUACUUUCUUCUGUGGAAUAGAAAAGGAGAUGAAGAAGAGCUUUCCCAUAACCCACAUGUCUAAGUUAGCUUACAAAACUGCUUAAGUCAUUAAAAUUUACAGGAAAAAUGUCAGAGAUUUCAAAAGAGCUGACCUCAGUUUCAAGCAUUUGUAAAAACUGCACUUAAAAUCGAAUAUAAAAACAGAAAUAUUUUCAAUGAUACUGCUGCAUAACAGUGACACAGGAUGUCAAAGAUUCUUAGUGACGCAAUGAGUCACAACCACUUGUCCUUCACUUGAAGAAUGCAUUUAAUAUCAGAGCUUCAUAAAUUGAUAGUUUCCACAGAACUAUUUCUAUAUAAUCUUAACAAGGCAUUUGUCUUCCUUACUGUGAUUACUCAAAUUAAAUUUCAGAAUAAUGUGAGGGAAGGCUACAGAAUGUUGUUGAUCUGAAUGAUUUGAUCAUUAGAGAGUAAAUCAAUGGCUCUAUGCCAGUUGUGUCAAUCUCUGGUAAAAUAUAUUCAUUGACCAUGCAGUGAAACUAACUAUACAGUACAGAGCUCAAAACUUAGAAUUAUGAAAACACCUUUAUCACGGUUGUGUGUAAUUGGGCUUGCCGAUUAACAAACCUAGAUCUUCUUACACCUUUCAGAUGCAGGGUUGUUUGCAUUGCCAUAAUUAUAUGUUUAUGUGAUUAUGCAAGUCAUGAAGUCAUGCAUUAACACUCAUAAUUUAUCGACCUACAUUUCUUUUUCAUGUAACUGCUGUUUUCACUUGCCAUGUAUUUCCAUAUUUUGGGUGAAACAGACAUUGAAUAAUUCAUUAAUUAGUGAGGUUGGGGCAUACUUGUGCUGUACUGGUUUUUCUUUCUGGUGCAGCUAGAUCAAAGGAGGAGAUUUCUCAUUUGUUUGAACAGUGAUACUGUCAAGUUCUAUUUUCCAUGUACUAGCCCAAAAUCACUCCAGUUUUGAAUGAAAAUGUUUGUUUUGAGUGUCAGUUUGUAUGCAACUUUUUUUCUACUCAUUGUCUGUUGAUAUGAAGAGCAAUGCAUGCAGAUUUGUUUUUUUUUGUUUGUUUGUUUUUUUCAGCAUUGUCUCUUUUGGAAAUAUAAAAUAAAAUUAUUUUUUAUA